AUGAAGAAACAGAGGGUCUUUGAAACGAUCAAUAUCUUUGAUCUCCUCUCAGAGGAGAUCGUUUUCUUAAUCUUAGACUGCCUUAACACGAACCCGCUUGACAAAAAAUCAUUUUCUUUAGCUUGCAAAUCAUUUUACUCUCUAGAAUCUAAACAUAGAAAGAAACUCAAGCCUCUUCGCCAAGAGCAUCUCCCAAAAAUUCUCACGCGUUAUCCGAGCGUAGCCCAUCUUGAUCUCAGUCUUUGUCCUCGAAUAACUGACAAUUCCUUGAGAACCAUAUCGAGUGCGUGUAACUCUACGCUUCGGUCUAUUGAUCUUUCGAAGUCGGGAGCUUUUUCUGGUUCUGGGUUAUUGAGUUUAAGCCUGAACUGCAAGAAUUUGCUGGAGAUUGAUAUUUCGAACGCGAUUGGUUUAAAGGAUGCUGGAGCAGCGGCGUUGGCUGAAGCGAAGAAUCUGGAGAAGUUGUGGAUGGGCAGAUGUAAGCUUGUUACUGAUAUGGGGGUCGGUUGUAUUGCGGUUGGGUGUAAAAAGUUGAAGGUGAUGAGCUUGAAGUGGUGUUUAGGUGUUGGAGAUUUGGGUGUUGGCUUAAUUGCGGUUAAGUGUAAGGAGAUUCGUAGCUUAGAUCUAUCUUAUUUGCCGAUUACAAAUAAAUGUUUGCCGUCUAUCUUGAAACUACAAUAUCUUGAAGAUUUAGUUUUGGAGGGGUGCUUUGGUAUUGAUGAUGACAGCCUUGCAGCCCUUAAACAUGGAUGCAAGUCACUUAAGUACGUACUUGGUUUAAACCAGUGA